GAGUUCGCCUCUCGGCUAGACGUUGUCAACGCAGAUACCAAGGCGUGUGCGCGCACGUGCGAGAGAAUAACACGCCCGGUGGCGAGCAAUCGAGACUGCGGCAGUGAAGUAAUUUUCCUCAUCCGUCGACUUCGACCAGCGAUCGGCGAGCUUAGAGGUAUUGGGUGGCCACGAGUCUCGGGUUGCCGGUGAUAUCACGGUGUGUGUUCUCGCCAUGAGGACGUCGUGGGUCUUGUUCGCGGCACUUUUGUUCGCGCUUCACUACGUGUGGACCUGGCUGCCGUUCCUGGCCGUUCCGGCCCAAUGGUUGGGCACGACGCUGAUUCUCCUGUCUGCCGCACACUGCCUGGCUCGGUUCCUCUGGCGUCGGCUAUUCGUUACCUUGGUCAAAGGCGAUGGGAAGGCGGUUCUUAUCACUGGUUGUGACACGGGGUUCGGCAACAUGCUCACCCGGUGUUUGUCUCGAGAGGGUUUCAUGGUUUACGCGGGCUGCCUCGACUCCAACAGCGAGGGUGCGAUGUUUCUCAAGAAGAGCCAAAACGUACGGGUGCUGCAGCUUGACGUCACCAAGGACAACCAGGUCGACGAAGCCUUCGAAACGGUCAAGCGGGACCUUGGAUCAAGAGUUCUAUGGGCCGUGGUGGCCAACGCCGGCAUCCCGAACAGCGGCCUCAUCGAGUGGAUGACCAUGGAGAGCAUCGUCAGGGUGUUCGAUGUCAACGUCUUCGGAGUCGUUCGCGUGGCCAAAAAGUUCCUGCCACUGUUGAAGGCAGGCAAAGGUCGCAUGGUUAUUGUCACUAGCGUCUACGCAUCAUAUACCUUCCCACUUGCGACGCCGUACUGCAUGAGCAAAUACGCAACCUUGUCUCUUGUCGACGGACUCAGAAGAGAGCUGUACGGUAAAGGAGUCGAUGUUAUUGCUAUCGAGCCAACUUUGUACAAGACUGCCAUCAACGACGACGUCGGUUCCAUGCGGGCCAUCGAGCGAGACCUGAACAGGCAAGCGCCCGAAGUUGUCGCCGAUUAUACAGAAACCGAAAUUCACAACUGGCUGAAGUCGGCGUCGACCUACUACUCUUACUCCAUGCGCGAGAACCCCCAGGAAGUUGUGGAUCAAAUGAUUGCGGCUGUUAGGGAGACGGAUCCGAAGACCUGCUACCCGGCCACUGGACCCCUGGAGUACACUUCGCUUUGCAUUCUCAGGACUUUGCCCGAUGAGGCAGUAGAUUACCUAAUCCUCGGUAUUCGUAAGAUGAUCAACCUUGUAUGUUGAACCUUGUCUUUACAAUAUGUGCUGCAACCGUUGCGGUGGCCCUGUCACUAUGACAUUCUGCCGCAGAGCACGACGUCGCAGGUUCGAGUCCCACCGGCGCUGCCACAUUCCGGUGGGUGCCAAAUGUGACAACGUUUGUGUGCCUAGAGAUGAGUACAAGUGCCCUGCAGUACUUUUAUUUAUACACAGCUACAGUAGAUCGCACAUACAAAGUGUGUAAUGACAAAUACUGAUUGCUCUUAGGUAGGUUCAACACAAAUUUAUUGAAUUUUAUGCGUGUAUCUUAUAUGGUUGUGACCUCAGCAGAAUAUUCUACACAAUAUUGUAAUGAUGAGUGCUGCACUUAGAUGCUAGGCCACUAUGGUACGAACAAGAAUAUACUCAUUGCUCUUAUAGUGUAGCGUACAUGAUCAAGUGCCAUGUGAUUCACACGUCCAGCGUGGGAAUGCCUAGGAAAAUACGACAUUACGCAUGCGCUACUAGGAAAUGCGCCAGAGUCGAUAAUGGCUAGAAGCUUGCCUCAUUGUAUUCCUGUGUUUCCAGUGCCCUUUGUUCUCAUUUUAUCAUUGUACAGUAUUUUUGCAGUAAAAUGUUUUGGUUUCUUGAAGUCUCUUCACAAAAUCACUGUAUACAACUGAAUAUCCUGAUCUAGAGCCUCGAUUCAGGAUAACGCACAACACCCAUUUAAUCAUAGAAGCUUUCUACAUAGAUUGAAUUUCGGUGUGGCCUUCGCGAUAUUAGAGACCAGGAUGAGAGCUCGGAGUGGGAACUGCCCCUUGCCGGAGUCAAUCGAUAUUCUGCUUAGUGCGUGCUUAAUCUAGUUGCUAGAGACAAUCAGUGGCUGC